GCCUACAGUAUAGAUGUCAGUGAUCAGGCUCCGGUGUAUCGUUCUAGCAACUCUGUUCUAGUGUAGCGUUCAGUGCACAUACCGAUUGUCAUACUGUAGUAUUCAUAUUCUUGUGUGAUAACGUCCAAUUAAAAAGACAAAUAUGUCUCUCGUAGAUAUUUUACCGAACGAAAUAUUCUUAAUGAUUUUUGAUUUAUGUGACGUAUAUACUUUAUUACAGCUCAACAGAGUAUGCAAAAGAUUUUAUCAUUUAUCAAACACCACCUUAAAUCAAAAAAGUAACCAUUUGCAUGUUACGAAUGAAGUGUCGGAAAAAUUUCGUGAACGAUGUAAACCGCUAUUAUCUUCGUAUAAGUCAAAACUUAUUAUGCAUUACGUCUGGAAAUAUGAAAGUUUUCUAUAUAAAUUAGUUAUUCAACCCAUAGCAAAUAUUUGGAGCAUAGAUAUAGAAGACAUAUGUCUAAAAAUGACUGAAAAUACAACUUGGUUUUAUAUCAAAAAGAAACUUGCAGCUUAUAAUCGUUCAACGGACGGUACCCUUACAAGAGAACAGAUUAUUGGAUUUUGUAAAAGUCAAUUUUCAAGCUUUGCUUAUUGCAAUGAUAUAAUUAUAAGCGGCCACGUAGAUGGUAGUAUUAGGCAUUGGAAAAUUGAAUCACGGAAUAACAUUAAUAAUAUUCAACAAUUAAAAGCACAUUCCAAUGUAUAUGGUGAACUCGUUUCGAACAUUGAAGCAACACCGCAACAUAUUAUAUCAAGUUCUUCAAAUUUAAUAAAGAUACAGAAAAAUUCCCUUGAAGAUGAUGAUUUUGCAAAAGAAAACGAAACAAUUUAUAGCGGCAAGAAAUUGAUUGAGUCAAUUUCAUUAGACCCUACAGGAAAAAAAGUUGCUGCUAGCGCCGAAAAUUCGUUACUAAUUUAUGAUGUUACUACAAAUUGUAAGGAAAUGGAUAAAUGUAUAAAUGAUAAUACUUGUUUCCGACUACUAUGGCAAGAUCCUCACUCUAUUCUCAUGCUGUAUAAACAACAGAUUAAAAAAAUGGAUAUAAGAACACCCGCAUUUGUACGUACAUGGGAUGCUUCUGUCCUAGACAGUAAUUAUGAAUUAUAUAGUUUCUCUACAGAUUAUUUGUAUACUAUUAUGGCAGGAACGAAUUUUGGCACAUUACUUCUAUGGGAUCAAAGAUACAAUGAUUGCGUUCAAACGUAUAAUAUAGAUUUUGUUUAUGACAACCCUAUAUAUUCUGUGGAAUUUGAUAGCACCCAUGUGUAUGCUGUGACACGAAAGCAGGGUUUGCUUGAAUUGAUGUUUCAGGAAAGAAACUAUAGUGACCGCGCUGAAAGGAAGAAGUAUUUUAAGAAUUUUAUAUAAAUAAAAAAUGUUAA